AUGUUACAAGAGAAAGGUGGAUUUGAUGCAAAACAAGCUGAAGCUGCUGUCACUGUUGUCAACGGUGCCAUCAACGACGGUAUUUAUUCCAUCACAAAUAACUUAGUUACUAAGGAGACUCUUUCAUCAAUAGCAUACCAACAAAAAGUGGAUUUUGCAAAGUUGAAAGGUGAGUUGCAAACCAUGGAUAAAUCCGAGUUUACCACAUUAAAGAAGGAGCAGGAGAAAUUGAGAACAGACUUGACAAACUUGAAGAACCGUUUGAAAGAGGAGAUUACAAAAAACCAGGCUAGUGUCAGACUAGAUUUGAACUUGGAAAAGGGUAGGAUUAGGGAAGAAAGUUCAAUUAAUGAGUUGAAGAUAGAAGACACCUUUAGUAGAAUAGAUGAAGAAGUAGCAAACAUGCAGCUGCAAAUCAAAUCUGUCAAAACUCAAGUCUUACAAUGGUUGAUGGGUGUUAGUACGGGUACUUUAGCUGUUCUUUUAGCCGUAGGAAGGUUUUUAUAUUAG